AUGGUAGCAACUGUACGGCUGCUGUUGUCAUCGGCGAAUAGAACUAGGGCAUCACGGUGGAUUUGCCAUUCUUGUCGUGGCAUCAAACAUGCAUCGACAUCCACGGGCAAAUCUGCCCUUUCCGAUGCCUCGGGGGACCUCCGAAAUCUGGGGCCGGCUCGAACACGCUUUGCCCCCUCUCCAACUGGAUCUCUCCAUCUGGGGUCUUUAAGGACCGCGCUAUUUAAUUAUCUAAUAGCGAAAGCAACUGGUGGCCAAUUUCUCCUAAGAAUUGAGGAUACCGAUCAGAAACGGACAAUACCGGGGGCCGAAGAGAAAUUAUUCAAUGAUCUAGAAUGGGCUUGUAUUCAAUGGGACGAGGGUCCAAAAGUUGGGGGGCCUUUCGGCCCCUAUAAACAGUCAGAAAGAACUGAAAUAUACCGGAAAAGUUCCGAUGAAUUAUUGCGCUCUGGAGCUGCCUACAGAUGUUUCUGCUCACCUGAGCGUCUUCAUGAACUCGCCGAAUAUCGGAAUAAAUUAGGACACGCUCCUGACUAUGAUAGAAAAUGUACUCACAUACCCAAAGAAGAGUCAGAUGAUCGAGCUGCGAAAGGAGAAACCCACGUUGUGAGGCUGAAAAUGCCGGAUGUUGAUGAAGGUUAUACCGAUUUGGUUUAUGGUUUUGUCUGGCGACGGAGUGAUCCCAAGCUGAAAGCUCGCUUUUCAACUCUUGGAUCAUUUGAUGAUCCAAUAUUGCUCAAGACAGAUGGUUUCCCAACCUAUCACCUUGCAAAUGUUGUUGACGAUCAUCUUAUGGAGAUCAGUCACGUUAUCCGCGGCUCGGAAUGGAUGUCAUCUACGCCAAAACAUAUUGCUCUCUAUAAAGCGUUUGGAUGGCAACCCCCAGCAUUCGCCCAUGUGAGUCUACUUGUUGACACCAAUAAGCAGAAGCUCAGCAAACGAACUGGGUCCGUGGACAUAGGGGCGUGGCGGGAUAUGGGCAUCUUUCCAGAGACUCUAGCUAAUUUCGUUGCUCUCCUUGGAUGGUCUCAUAGAAAUGACAAAGAUAUCAUGGGCAUGGAAGACCUUAUAAGAAGCGCUAGCAUGAAGUUUACCAAAGGAGACACGAUCGUAUCAUUUGAGAAGCUCUGGUUCCUCCAGAAGCACCACGCUCAGCGCUACGCCCCCAUGGCCAAACUAUCCGGCCCCAUUGACCCACGCCAUGACCUUAAUAAGUUAGCCGUUCUUCCAUGCAUCAAGCUGCUUGAAACUCAUAAAGCUGGGCAGAAGCCCUCUUUCUAUGAGUCACUCCCAGCAGGGGAACGGAGAGAGGAUUUUGUGCGCUCUUUGCUAUGCCAAGAUGCAAGAAACUACACUACGCCCAUAGACUUCGUCAACCGCAAUGAAUAUUUUUUCAUCGCACCAUCUAAAGAGGAUCUUGUAGGAAGUCUAUCUGCUUUAGAGUUGCAUGGCUUGCCAGGCGGGACAUCACCUCAGGUUAGCCCAGAGUUGUUGGACGAGUUCGACAGAUUUGCUCAAAUCGAGAGCUCCAAAUGGGAUACCACUCUAGAGAUCAAAGUCAUGACGCACAAUAUUGUUGACGGAGCGUCGUCAAAGAGUGCCGCUGAGCUGGGGGGAGAAGAGCAAUCAACGGAACUAGCCAUUGCUUGCCGGAAACGCUGGUCUACCCUGGUUCAUAAGUACAUCCGUUGGGCGCUCGCUAGUGGGAAGCCGGGUCCGAACAGUGCGAUGACGAUGGGUAUCUUGGGGAAGGAAGAGACAAUGAGAAGGUUGGCUGCCGCGAAGGAGAUUAUACUAAGUGCAGAAGAACAUGUUGGUACACAGGAUGUGGAUUCUGGGAGCUCGUCACCCAAACAGCAUGCUACGGCUCAGGGGCCCGCCAUGUCUGAGUGA